AUGGCGGACAUUUUGCCUGAGCCCAGAGUCUUGGGGGCUGAGGACGGCGUCCAUUUUCUCGAUACAGAUUUGAUCACUGUUAAAGUUGAAGUGAAGGACGAGGCAGAGGAAGUGUAUGAGAUGGAUGAUGAUCUGUACCCCGAGGACACCGGCGACACUCAGAGAGACUUCAAAGACGAGGAAGAAGGACAUGUGAGGAUUAAAGAGGAGGACGUUCCUCAAGAGAUGACCUCAGAUGGACAACCUAUGAAGAGAAGAUCUCUGGAGGUCAUCUUUACGGAAGACGAGGACAUCACGUCAAACUCUUCUGAAGAUGAAGUCAUCACCUUUAACCUUUAUCCAGAAAUCUCCAUUGCAGACCUUUCAUCCGAUUCCCUUCCACACGGAGGGUGUUUUCCAGACCCCGCCCACCCGAUUACCACCCAACAUCUUCCAAGUACUCGCCCCAGGAGAUUCCCGUGCACCGAGUGUGGGAAGCGCUUUACGGAGAAGGGGAAGCUGAUCGUGCACCAGAGAUCGCACACGGGAGAGAAGCCGUUUUCCUGCUCGGAGUGUGGAAAGUCCUUUGCUGAGAAAGGAAUGCUCGUCAGGCAUCGAAGGAUUCACACGGGGGAGAAGCCCUAUUCGUGUCCCGAGUGCGGCAAGCGUUUUGUCGAGAAGGGCCCCUUAAUCCGCCACCAGAAAUAUCACACGGGGGAGAAGCCGCACUCUUGCUCUGAAUGCGGAAAACGCUUCGCCCUGAAAUCGACCCUCGUUUAUCACCAGCGGACUCACACGGGAGAGAAGCCUUUUUCCUGCACCGUGUGCGGAAGGUGCUUCGUGCGCAAGCACGAUGUCAUCAGCCACCAGAGGACUCACACCGGCCAAAAGCCGUACUCGUGUUCGGAGUGCGGAAGAUGUUUUGCGUUAAAGUCAACCCUCCUUUACCACGAGCGAACGCAUUCGGGAGAGAAGCCAUUUUCCUGCUCCGUGUGCGGUAGGUGCUUUAUACGUAGGCAAGAAGUCAUCAUCCACGAAAGGACUCACAAAGGACAGAAGCCGUUUUACUGCCCCGAUUGUGGGAAAUGCUUCACCACGAGAAAAUACCUUGUUAAGCAUCAGCGCACCCACACGGACCAAAAACCGUAUUCCUGUGUUGAGUGCGGCAAGAGCUUUCCGGAUAAAGCCCGCUUAGAUCAGCACGAAGUGACGCACAGAGACGAGAAGCCGCAUUCGUGUUCGGAAUGUGGCAAAUCUUUCGCCUACCGGGCCUUUCUCGUCCGCCAUCAAAGGCGGCACUCUGGAGAGAAGCCGUAUUCAUGUCACCAGUGCGGGAAAUGUGUCACGACAAAGUCAUCUCUCGUUAAGCAUCAGCGCACGCACACAGACCAGAAGCCUUACUCCUGUUCUGAGUGCGGGAAGAGCUUUUCUCAGGCCUCAAAGGCCUUUCUCAUCCGGCAUCAGAGAACUCACACGGGGGAAAAGCCUUACUCAUGCCCUGUGUGCGGGAAAGGCUUUGCCCAAAAGUCAAAUCUCGCCGUGCACGAAAGGACUCACACAGGGGUGAAGCCAUUCUUAUGUCCGCAGUGUGGAGAGAGUUUCGUGAGGAAGUCGAGACUUGUCGCUCAUCAGUGCUUGCACGCGGAGGAAGCCGCUGGCCUUCCGGCCACCGAGCCACAGGGGCCGGAGUUUCAGACUGAAGUAGACAUGCGAGAUGAAUGA